UGUUGCAUUUUGGUCGGCUACACCUAAAAGGCAUGAGAAAUUUGAAAAAAUGGCACGUCUGAUGAACACGGAAUACACAUCUAGGCUAUCUCUUGAUUGCAAAACUAGAUGGAAUUCAACCUACCUUAUGCUAACUUGUGCAUUGCAAUACAGAGAUGUUUUUGCAAGACUUAGUAUACGUGAAAAAAGUUUAAUUGUCCAACUAAUGAAGAUUGGGAGUUUGCGACAGAGGUUUGUGAGAGGCUGAAAGUAUUCUUUGAUGUAACAGAGAUAUUGUCAGGCCAGAAAUAUGUUACAGCAAACAUCUUUUUCCCCAAAAUUUGUGGUAUUCGUUUGGCAAUACGUAAAUGGCAUUCUAGUGACAAUCAACUUAUAAGAGAUAUGUCUGAUGAAAUGAAGGAUAAAUUUGAGAAGUAUUGGACAGAUGUUCAUGGUCUCAUGGCUGUUGCAACCGUCCUUGAUCCACGGUUUAAGCUUCACAUACUGCAGGCUUUAUUUCAGAACUUAUAUGGAUAUGAGCAUGCGGUCAAAGAAGUUGCAAAGAUAAGGCAACUAAUGUUAUCUUUAUUGGAUGAAUACCAACAACCCUCCGAUGUUGCGAUGCCAAAUAUUGAAAGUACUUCUACUGGUGGUGGUGGUGUGGAUGAAGUUUAUGAGAUAUUUGAUGAAUAUAUGAAUUCAAAGCCUGCUGCCUCCGCUUCCCAAGUGCGCACAGAGUUGGACUUGUACUUGGAAGAGGACCCUCUCCCUCGAACACAAGAGCUAGACAUCAUUGGUUGGUGGAAGUUUGGAGGUAUUAAGUACCCUACUUUGCAAAUGAUUGCUCAUGAUAUAUUACCUAUUCCCGUCACUUCAGUAGCAUCGGAGUGUGUCUUUAGUGCUAGCGGGAGAUUAAUUAGUGCACAUCGUAGUCGACUUGCACCAAAAAUAGCAGAAGCUCUUAUGUGUAUGCAAUCAUGGUCUCGAGCGGACAUGUUAGGUGAGAUUCAUGGUGAUCUCCUUGCUGUCCAGAAUGUUCUUGAAGAUGAACAAGAAGAAAUGGAUUCCAAUGAAUCAAUUGUCACUGAAGAAUGACUGAAUGAGGC